CUCCUACUUUCCAAUGAAUCUUUCAAAACUCAAACACAUGACUGUAAAAACACCAACACAGCACUCGCUCGCCAACCUGUGAUUUAUUAUUUUUCACUGUACAUAAUAUUUACAUUGUAUUACUGAAUUUGUCUAGUAACCCCCAGAAUAUUGCAUUGAUAUCCUAAAAAUGACGGGUGUUGUCAAGAAGCCUCAAUCCCUGGAGAAGAUGUUAAUCAACGUCAAGGAUCCUGACGGAAAAGACUGCAAAAAAUUAGCAUUUAGCAAAGAUUGGUGUGAGGAGAGACAGUGGAUGCACUUUCCACCUGUAUAUUUUUCCGACGACUGGUUUGAGGCAGCUUCUGAGUUUGAGGAUGACAUGAUGUGGCUUCUCUCACUCCCUCACAACAAAUUUUGGUCUCAGCUGGUGUUUGAUCCUGGUGCUCGAAGUGCCCUGGUUUCGUACCUGCAGAAAGCCCCACGAAGCUACGAUAGAGAACUUGUUGAUCUGGCCCCUGUGCAGAAGGAAAUUCUCACUAGGGUGCACAAUUUGGUGUUCAAGAUCUACUCUCGUUUGAUCACAACUAAAGAGUCUGAGACUUGUUUCAUCAGCAAAGAUGUGCACGGCUCGCUAAUUUACGACAACUACCUGCUUGACGUGCCUGCCAUGCUAGACCUUUGUCUACUUUUCGGGUCGUCAGAAAAGCGGAGCCUGACAAAAUUGCUGCAAAGCAUCACAAAGUCGCAACCAAAGUAUUCCAGUGAUUUGCAGUCAACAGCUGAAAUGUUUGUCAAAGCAUUAAAAGAUCUGGAGCAGUAUUUUGUUGGCGGAGUCGGGUCUGGGAGCUCGGAGCCGUUGAAGCUAUCCAACAUCUGUCCUGCCAGCAGGGGAAUGAUCAAGCAUGAGCAGUUGCAAGACUAUGUGGUGUUUUUAGUCGACAUCGUCUCUUCGGUCGCGAUGCUGCUUGAUCUGCUGCCUAUUGUGAUUUCAUCCUUCAUCGGAGCUAUUCCAGAAAUUGAGAUAUCCCAAUUUUACGACCAAACGCUACCAGCGAUGCAUCAAAGUCUGCUGCAAGUGGCCAAUGAGGAAGAAAGCAAAUCUCUGGCCUUGAAAAUCAAUGUAGCUCGCGUCAAUCUUUUGAACAUAGCCAAAAUCACCCUAGUGCACAGAUGCAAUUCCAUUAUAUCAGAGUCGGUUUUCAGUCGAGCUAUGGAACAGAUGGAAGAGUACUUGACCGUGCUCUCCGAGUUUCUGGCUUAUCCGAAAUUUGUCCGCGACCUCCAUUCCUUCUUCCAAAUCAGCUGUGAACUGAGGAGACUUCACGAAAAUAGACCAGACAUUUUAGAUGAAUCAAAGUGUAACUAUUUGAGCGACUCGUUCAUCCUCUGCAUCGAGUCGAGCAGCCAGGAAAGUGGGCGGAAGUCUCCUUCUCCAUCAGAAUCCUCCAGCACGAGGAGCUUUCCUUCCAAAGAGCCGACGCCCGCCCCGCUGGCACCGAAAUUGCCAGCAAAGGAGGAUAAUAUCUUGGCUGAGGACAUCCUAAUCGAGUCUUUGAUCAGCAACAUCCAGGAAAUGCUCCCGGAACUUGGCGCUGGAUUUUUGAAGAAAUGCUUGAAACAUUACAACUUGGACAAAGAGGCUGUCGUGAAUGCUGUCCUGGAAGAGAGCCUACCUUCAGGUUUAAAGGAACUCGACCGAACCCAACCAUUGCUGUCUUCUGAAAUUGAGGCUGGUAGCAGUGUCCCUGUUUUGCCGCUAAGACUGAAUGUAUUUGACAACGACGAAUUUGACAUCAUGAGUCGCAACCACAUCGACACUUCCAGAAUUCACCAGGGCAAGCGGAAAAGCAAGCACAAAAAUUUAUCGCAGCUGCUUGACGAUAAAAGUGAGCUGGCUGAAGUGAAAGAUUUUUACAAGAAGUUUGGGACAGUGGCCGACGUUGUUUAUGACGACGAAUAUGACGACACUUAUGACGAGUUUAAGGAGUUCAAGAUUGACGACGCAAAUGAAGACUUGGAGAGGAGGCCUUUUGUCACUCCUAGAGUAUUGCGGAAAAAGGAGGAUUUUGUUGCAGAGGAGGAGGAAGAAGAGGAGGAUGAAGAAGACACAAGUGCACAAAAUACGGACAGCUUUGUGCAGGAUCCAGCGCUGCUUAGGGAACAGGCGCAGCAAAGAAGGGAGGCAAAAUACGGGCCUCCGAAGGGUCCUCGCGGAGAUGUUGUUGGCAAACCAAAGGGCCAAGGCCAAGAUGCAAAUACGCAGCUGAACAGGAGACGCAAGGACGCAAGCAAGUCAAGCAGAGGGAACCACAACAGAAGAGCCGGCGCGGAAAGGAAACUGAGACAGGGGCUGAUCCCGUCCUGAAAGGUACUAACCGUGUUGUAUCUCCGGAUCACAUUAUAAACUAUUUGUGAUACUUUGAGAACAAAA